AACACACCCAUGGAACAUUUUUAUUUUAUAAUUUCAUUCGGGCUUUGGCCACUUUUUUCUUGUACAAAAAAAAAAUAAAAAAAAAUUGAACCUUCCUGACUCAAAGUCUCAAACAGUGGUUGAUGAUUCUUGUUUGUGUAUUUUGGAUAACUACUCAUCUCAAAAAACAUACAGUUUAUGGGUUUUUUUUUCCCCCUUACUACAAAAAUGAAAAGUAUAAUAAACACACCAACAUACACUUUUUACAUAUGGUUAUGUAUGUAACUAGUAAAUUUACAUCAUGCACAUAUUUUCUUCUUCUUCUUCCCACAAUAUGCAUAAAAUUAUGUAUAUGUGAGAAGAGGACAAGAAGUAGGAAAUUUACCACUUCCGGUUUGAAACCACCACCAAAAGAACAAAAACCAAAACAGCAGAAGGCAGAGAAUAGAGACAUACAUAUAAAGACAGACAACAGUGGGAGGAGGAAGAAGAAGAAGAAGAAGCAAGCAAAGAGAGGGAGAGAGAGACAAUAGCCCACCACAGAGCACUCAAAAAACCCCUCAAUUAUUUUGGGCCCAACCCCACUCCACUGGUUUGCCUUCAUCUCCCUAAACCCCCAUAAAAGCCAUACAUAAUCAUCAUUCUUCCUCCCCCCAAAAGCUCCUCCUUACUUCUUCUUCCCUCCCUUCUUCUCCUUCUCUUUCUCUUCUCAAGUCAACCCAUCUACAUUCAUUUUGACCCCCUCACAACAUAACCAAUUCAUUUUUCUUCUUCUUCUUUUUCCUCUUUCUUUUUUUUCUUUUUUAAAAAAGAAUGAAAAGAAGAAUGCCUCUCCCUUUCGGACAUCCGCCGUACCUUUUGCUUCUAUUGCUGGCGGCGGUGGUGCCGCAGCUGCUUUCAGCAGCUGCGGUCACCCCCGGGAAAACCACCUCCUCCGGCCAUGCAUUUCCUUACCCACCUUACGAGCACUUCCCCGUGCGAGACACCAUUUUAGCCACCAAAAUCACCAAGCUCCAUCAACUACACCCCGACGACCACCAUCAAUUAGAUUCUCUUUCCGAUGAAUCAUCAUCAUUGUCGUCAUCCCCACCUCACGAUCUUCAUCAAGCCCGUGGUAAAAAUAAAAAUGGGACCACCGCAUUGAUCAAGUCCAAGCUCAAAAUUUUCCACAGGGAUAAGCUUGGAUAUUCCCAUUUCAUUGAUCACAAAGACCGAUUCCUCGCCCGCAUGAAACGCGACGCCGCCCGGGUCGCUGCCAUCAUCAAACAGGUAUCCGGCGGCGGCGUCCACAAAAAUGGGGGGGUCUACGAAGAGGAGAAAUUCGGGACGGAGGUGAUUUCCGGGAUGGAGCAGGGCAGCGGUGAGUAUUUUGUCCGAAUCGGCGUCGGGAGCCCGGCCAGGAACCAAUACAUGGUGAUUGAUUCCGGCAGUGAUAUCGUGUGGGUACAGUGCCAGCCUUGUAACCUCUGUUAUCAUCAGUCGGACCCGGUGUUCGACCCGUCUCUUUCGGCUUCCUUUUCUGGGGUGUCCUGCGGGUCAUUCUUAUGUGAUAAGGUCGAGAACUCGGGUUGCAAUUCGGGAAGGUGCAAGUAUGAGGUCCAGUAUGGAGAUGGGUCGUACACCAAGGGCACCAUGGCCUUGGAGACUCUGUCUUUCGGAGGGACCGUGGUCCGGAAUGUGGCGAUCGGGUGCGGGCAUAGAAACCGGGGCAUGUUUGUUGGGGCUGCUGGGUUGUUGGGUCUUGGAGGGGGAUCCAUGUCACUGGUGGGUCAACUGGGUGGCCAAACUGGUGGAGCCUUUAGUUACUGUCUCGUGAGCCGGGGAACCAGCUCGACGGGUUCCUUAGAGUUCGGGCUCGGAGCUUUGCCCGUUGGAGCUGCUUGGGUGCCUUUACUCAGGAACCCACGGGCCCCGAGUUUCUAUUACAUCGGACUAUCCGGGCUUGGGGUUGGAGGCAUGCAGCUUCCCAUACCCGAACAAGUCUUCCAGUUAUCCGAGUUGGGGGACGGCGGGGUUGUCAUGGACACCGGAACCGCCGUCACGAGGCUUCCCGGGGAGGCCUACGUCACGUUCCGGGAUGCAUUCAUCGCGGAGACCGCCAACUUGCCUCGCGCAGCCGGUGUCUCCAUAUUCGAUACCUGCUAUAACUUGAACGAGUUUGUAACGGUUCGGGUACCGACUGUUUCGUUCUUCCUGUCGGGCGGGCCGAUCCUGACCCUUCCGGCUAGGAACUUCCUAAUCCCGGUUGAUGAAAGGGGUACCUUCUGUUUUGCAUUUGCCCCUUCUUCAACCAAACUUUCCAUAAUAGGCAACAUCCAGCAAGAAGGCAUUCAAAUUUCCUUCGACGGAGCCAAUGAAUUCGUGGGAUUCGGUCCAAACGUUUGCUGAUAAUCACACCUU